AUGGUGAUAGCAUGUACCCCAUAUGUGGUGUGCUUAGAGUGCCGUCUGCUGCUGCCGUGUGACUUUGGGCAGGCGGAGGCCAGACUUGCCGCGAAGCGUGCAGCCCGGGCGGAGGCCCGUGAGAUCCGCAUGAAGGAACUGGAACGGCAGCAGAAGGAGAUCUACCAGGUCCAAAAGAAAUAUUAUGGGCUGGAUACAAAAUGGGGUGACAUCGAGCAGUGGAUGGAGGACAGUGAGCGCUGCUCCCGUCGAGCCCUGAGGAACUCAUCGGCUUCCGAUGAAGACGAGCGCUUGUCAGUGGGUAGUCGUGGAAGUCUGCGGUCGCUGCCUGACUCGGAGUUCGGGGGCACCUUCGCCUGGACGAACGGUUACGACGGCGAGCCGUACGGACCCCAGGGCUGCGGAUCCCAGCCCCUGCGCGGAAGAGCUGGCAGGCCUUCCUCUGUGUGCGGUGCGGCUCGGCCCUCCAGGAGUUACAGGGCGUCCCUGUUGGACGAAAGCGGUCUCGGCGGGGCUUGGCGGGGCAGUGCCUCUGGCUCCCGUGCUCCCUCGGAGUGCAGCAGCUACCUCAACUCCAGCUCCCGUACCUCCUCCCGGGCCAGCUCGGCCCGCGCCAGCCCCGUGGUUGAAGAGAGACCAGAAAAAGACUUUACUGAGAAGGGGUCUCGUAACAUGCCCAGCUUGUCGGCAGCCACCCUCGCCUCUCUGGGUGGGACGUCCUCCCGGAGAGGAAGUGGAGACACAUCCAUCUCCAUGGACACCGAGACGUCGAUUCGGGAAAUCAAGGAGCUCAGUGAGUUAAAGGAACAGAUUCAAGAUGUAGAAGGCAAAUACAUGCAGGGGCUGAAAGAGAUGAAGGACUCCCUAGCAGAGGUUGAAGAGAAAUACAAGAAGGCAAUGGUGUCCAAUGCACAGCUGGACAACGAGAAGACGAAGUUCAUGUACCAGGUGGACACCCUCAAAGACGUGUUGAUGGAGGUGGAAGAGCAGCUGGCCGAGUCCAGGCGACAAUACGAAGAGAAAAGCAAAGAAUUUGAAAGGGAAAAGCAUGCCCACAGCGUCCUGCAAUUUCAGUUUGCUGAGAUGAAGGAGGCCCUGAAGCAAAGGGAAGAGAUGCUUGAGGAAAUCCGGCAGCUCCAGCAGAAACAGGCGAGCUCUCUCAGGGAAAUUUCCGAUCUUCAGGAAACAAUAGAGUGGAAAGACAAAAAGAUAGGGGCCUUAGAGAGGCAGAAAGAGUUCUUUGAUUCCGUACGGAGUGAACGAGAUGAUCUUAGAGACGAAGUAGCCAUGCUGAGAGAGGAGCUGAAGAAACAUGGAAUAAUCCUAAAUUCAGAACUAGCUGCCAAUGGAGAGACGCCAGGCGCUCUAAAUAAUGUCGGCCACCAAGGUUCUAUGAUGACAAAAGAAGAGGUCAGUGUCCUCAAGGCGACAGGCGACGGGACGCUGGAUAUUAGGUUGAAGAAGCUGGUUGAUGAGCGGGAAUGCCUACUGGAACAGAUCAAGAAGCUCAAAGGGCAGCUGGAACAGAAACAGAGGAAUGGCAAGCUGGAUGGCCUGCGGCCCGAAGGUGACAUCCUGGAGAAUGGGACAGACGUGCACGUCAUGGAUCUACAAAGGGAUGCCAGCAGGCAGAUCAGCGACCUCAAAUUUAAACUCGCAAAAUCCGAGCAAGAGAUAAGCGCAUUAGAGCAAAAUGUAAUACGAUUAGAGAGCCAAGUAUCGCGUUACAAGUCGGCAGCUGAAAACGCAGAAAGAGUAGAAGAUGAGCUUAAGGCUGAAAAACGAAAACUCCAAAGAGAGCUCCGGUCUGCACUGGACAAAACAGAGGAACUUGAGGUCAGCAACGGCCACUUAGUGAAGCGUCUGGAAAAAAUGAAAGCCAACCGCAGUGCCCUCUUGUCCCAGCAGUAG